UCUUCUUCUCUUGUGGAAAAUUUCACCUCAUUUUGUGGUGUCAAUUGAGAAAUUAGGUUUUCUGAUUGCAUUUUUUUAGACCCAAAGGGAUUUGUUUCUUCCGUGAUUUUGGUCUGUGCCAUGUUGCACUGUGUUCAAAAUUGGAUUUUGAAGUGGAUUCAGCAAAAAACAGAUUAUUUUUAUUGAGAAUUCGUCCCACUUGUGUUUGCUUCAAUUCCGAUUCGGAUCACUGUUCAUAUUGUGGUUUAAGUGGAGCUACGAUUCUUCUAGUAGUGUCGUGCUUAGUGUGGGAGAAUUUCUAGGGUUUUUUUAAUUGGGUUCUGUAGUUUGGUGAAGAUGCUUUCUGUUUGCCCACAAGGAAAAAACAUUGGACUUAGGUUUUCAUGUUUGCUUCUUAAAUUCAACUACAAGUGCUUUAAAAAACUAUGAUAUCUUUGCUUACGUUAAGGGACUUUGGCCCAGAUUCUGAUUCUUCACGUUACUAUACUCUGCAUUUGUGUCCGUUCAGAUUGUUCUCUGGAAUAAACCCCUUUCCUUUAUAUUGUUGAUGAUUAGUUUUUUUAUUUAAAAGUCAUCUUUCUCUUCAUGCUUCUUUUCUUCACAUUUUCGAUCUUCCCUGUGUUUGGUGCUGCUCUUGUCUUUUUUCCACUCUUUAUUAAUUUUUCUUUUGGUAGCUUAUAUUAAAAUUGAAUGAUUCCGUUGGUGAGAAAAAGUACCAUUUUUAUCAUGUUCACCAUCUAGAGCUAUAGAGUAAUCAUUUCGUGAGCAUUAGCUUAAAUUAUGUUUAAAUAUCUAAGUGACGAAUACUAGGUUAAGUGAUGCUCUGCUCAAUUAUCAUAUCCCUUGAUUGAACAAUUAAUAAUUUGUCCGUUUUGUUUUAGACAAGUGGUCAUUUCAUUCAGUUCACAAACCAUCAUCUCUAUUGAUAAUGGAUCAGGUUCAGCCAGAACCUUCACCUACUACUGGCUCUUUGUUCAAGCCCCGAGCAGUGCACAUUAGCUCAAGUUCUUAUACAGGAAGGGCAUUCCAUCAGAACACCUUCACCGAGCAAAAGUCCAGUGAAUUUGAGUUCAGACCACCUGCAUCCAAUAUGGUUUAUGCAGAGCUUGACAAGCAUAAAAGUGAGCCACCAGUACAAUUUCAAGGCCAGGGCCAUGGAUCCGCACACUCACCUUCUUCAAUCAGUGAGGCUACAGCUUCCCCAAGUGAUCUAAGCCGGCCAACUCCUCCUCGUCAGACUACACCAACGAACUCUGAUAUUCCUGCUGGAUCUGAGCAAGAUGAAUCAGUCCAGACAUCGCAAAAUGACUCCAGAGGAAGUACGCCAUCAAUCUUGGCUGAUGAUGGUUACAAUUGGAGAAAGUAUGGGCAAAAGCAUGUCAAAGGGAGUGAAUUUCCCCGGAGCUAUUACAAAUGUACACAUCCUAAUUGUGAAGUGAAAAAGUUAUUUGAAAGGUCUCAUGAUGGCCAAAUCACUGAUAUUAGCUACAAGGGUACACAUGACCAUCCUAAACCUCAACCUGGUCGCCGAAACUCUGGUGGUCUUGGUAUGCCUUCGCAAGAAGAAAAGCUAGACAAGUAUCCUCCUUUGACUGGCCGAGAUGAAAAGGGCGUCUACAACUUGUCUCAAGCGAUUGAGCAAACUGGUACCCCUGAAGUACCUCCUAUGUCAGCAACUGACGAUGGUGCGGAAGUUGCAAUGUCUAAUAAGAACAAAGAUGAUCCGGAUGACGAUGAUCCAUUUACGAAACGGAGGAGGUUGGAUGGGACCAUGGAAAUAACUCCACUUGUGAAACCUAUCCGGGAGCCUCGGGUUGUUGUUCAAACUCUGAGUGAGGUUGACAUACUGGAUGAUGGCUAUAGGUGGCGUAAAUAUGGGCAGAAAGUCGUAAGGGGAAACCCAAAUCCCAGGAGCUACUACAAAUGCACAGCUGCUGGAUGCCCAGUGAGAAAACACGUGGAGAGGGCAUCACAUGAUCCAAAAGCUGUAAUAACAACAUACGAAGGCAAACACAACCACGAUGUUCCUACUUCAAAGUCUAGCAGCAAUCAUGACAUCCAGCCUCGGUUCAGACCAGAGGAAACAGACACCAUCAGCCUCAAUCUUGGUGUUGGAAUCUCAUCUGAUGGACCUGACCACACUUCCAACGAGCGUCAGCACCAGAAUCAACAACUCGUAAGCCAAACUCACCCAAAUGGUGUCGGUUUCAGGUUUGCUCAUGCAACUCCCAUGUCAUCCUACUAUGCGAGCUUAAACGGUGGUAUAAAUCAUUAUGGCCCGAGAGAAACUCAGAACGAGACUCAAAAUGGUGACAUCUCGUCUUUGAACCAUUCGUCUUACCCAUAUCCACACAACAUAGGGAGAAUACAAUCGGGUCCUUAGAAGACAAUGGAAGCAACAAUAUUGGAUUCUUCUUAGGUUAGGAAUGGAAUGAGACCUUGUUCUAUAUUAUUCCUAUUUCUUUGUAGAGAGCUGAUAUUUGAUUUAAACUAUCUCCACCAUACAUAUUUGUACGUGUCACCUGUUUUGAGUCCCAAAAAUGUGUUGUAAAAAAA